AAGAGGGCAAAUCACAAUGCAAUCGAACGCGCGAGACGGGAGUCCCUAAACAAUCGAUUCCUGAUUCUUGCCGCUUCUUUGCCAGCCAUCUCGCAGAUAAGACGCCCUUCCAAGUCGCUCAUCGUCAACCGUUCUUUGCAGUUCGUCGCGGACAGCCUCUCACUCGAGAUGCUCUACCGUGACAUGCUCAAGGAGAUGCAUGCCCGCAACAUUAACCUCAUCCGUGAAGUC